GCUCCUCUAACCAACCGUGCCAGUUUGGAUCCAAACGCGACGUCAGAGUGAAAGCUUCUUGGGCAAGUUCCUCGGGAAGAUGACCACUUUGGUGCGAGAACUCGAGUGCGUGAUGACACGUGCAGCUGCAUCUGGAGCAGUCUUAUAUCCAUCCUUGCUGUCGGAGCUUGACAGGACAAGACCAAGGCCAAAAUGUUCGGAUGUGUUUUGUCUCAACGUGGGUCUGAGUCGGUUUCCCCUGAGUAGCAUGCAGCAGAGGGUGUAGUACUCUGACUGAAGGAUUCAAUCCUGUCUCACCUUGUGACGAGACCGCCAGUUUCAGAGUCUUUUGAUUUCUCGAAUCUUCAGUUUAAGAGCGAGCAUUGCGAGAGGAGAGAAAGGGGAUUACGACAGUGAUAACAAUUCAUGAAGGUUGGCUGAUCUACUGGAAGGAAAGGAGUACAAAUUGGUGACUGUGCAAGAAUCUCAGAAGUAAGAGAGAGUCGAAUGUUACGUAGGGUCGGUGAUUUCGGACAUCGACGACGAUUGGUAAAACUGUGCAGAGUAUUAUCGUCGCCGGCGAUUGUUGCACUGUUUGUUUAGUUUCCAGAUUAAGGAGGAAGAGAAGAAAUCAUGAUGGGUUCUUCGGCCGUGGAGAAUGUCGGUUCCGUUUCGUCAGUUUCUGCUAGUUUGUCAAGACGCCCAGCCUUGUCCCCGACAUCCGCAACAACCACACCGAAGAAGAUCAAGCGCAGCAGUAAGCAAAGCAGCGCCAAGACUAAAGCAGCGGAAUCUCUCACAGUUCAGGAGCAAGUGCGGCAACUGCUGGCAAUUGCUGUCGUUGCGGUGCUUGUCGCAUGUUCUGGUUUCAAAUCAGUCGAAUGGGCGAAGCAGCAGCUGAAGCCAUUCUGUGACAGUUCCGAUGAAGCAGCGGAUCCAGCCACAAACAAUUGUUUGCCAUGCCCUUCUAAUGGGUACUGUCAAGGAGGAGGAUUGGAAUGUCUCGCUGGAUUUAAACGAGUCGGCAAGAAAUGUGCACCAGAUAAGGAGAUAGAUCGGACGGCCAAGAAACUUGCUACAGCCAUCAAGAAGCACAUUUGUGGAGCAGCAGCUCGCUCACUUUGUGAUGGUGCAACUGGAUCAAUUUGGUUCUCAGAAGCUGACGUUCUGGAAAACCUCAAGAGGGAAGGCUUAGAAGAGCAGCUUGGUAUAGAUGAGACGUUUUACCUAGUCUGGGAGAAAACGGCUGCUUUAGCUCGAGACGACACUAUUGUCAUCCAGGACGACCUUCAAGGAAAACGAGAAUUUCAUUGUCCACGUGAUUUGGCGCAAGGCUACAAAUCAGUUGGCUGUCUCACAAAAGAGUUACUGUGGGAGAAUGUCAUAUUUUUGUUCUUCUUAUCACCCGUGAUCGUCUUUGUGGGGUCCUUUGCCAUCAACUAUUUGCGUCGCAGGAAACUCAACUCUCGGGCUGAGGAGCUCUAUCUUGAGGUGUGUGAAGCUUUGGAGGAGAAAGCGUUGGAGGCGAAGGAAACUCAGGGAGAAUCUUGGGCUGUUGUUUCUCGAAUGAGGGACCAUUUGUUGUCAACCAUCGAGAGAAAAGAUGUGGCACUCUGGAAGCAGGUUGAGCGCAUGGUACAAGAAGACUCACGGAUUGAUCAAUAUCAAAAAAAAGUGAAAGGAGAGAUGAAGAUAGUAUGGGAAUGGCAAGUCGAGGGAGCAAUCAGGACGCCAGGAUCGCGUAAAAAGCAGCGGACAAACGUCACAACCGAACUACCAGUUACACCUCAGCAAGUCUCGGGAAAUGGAACUAGAACCCCCAGAUUUGUUGAGGAAAUGUCUAGCCCACUGCAAUUGUAAAUCCUGUGACACAUGUGGAAGUUCCUAAUUGUCCUUAGAUUUAGAAUGUACAAUUUGAAAUAGGGCAUGAGAUGGGAAGAUUAUAAUGAAGUUUAGGUUAG